UCUUCAACGUCAUUCAGGCCAGGUCCUUCGGCGCCAGCUUCGAAUGCCCUCAUCCUCGAAGGCCUAUCGAGUGAGGUCUCUCACCUGGUUAGGCUUAUCGACGGGACGACCGGCAGGGUACAGCAAUGCUGCCAACACUGUCCUACCGAUGAUCCGAAGAGACGUGCCUUUGAAGAUGAGCUGGGGUCUCCCGCCUUAAUAGAACGUUUCAAGAAGCUUCGCACUGAUCUCGCGGAGCUGACUGCUCGCGCGGACGACAUCCACCGGGGAACAUUCAUUCUCAAGUACUUGCACGGGCAGCGUGACUCCAGAACGUUGGUCCUUAUCCACGAUGGUAUCAAGGCGGCAGUUAAAUACUACAACUCGGAGUGCAAGCCAACCAUAGAAACAUCAAUGAAUGACUUUUUAAGAGUUGACCUUUCUCCUGACGAGAAGACAGAGAGUGCCGCUCUUUCUGGGAAAGCUCCUGAGGGAGAGAUAGAGGAGACGAUGGAAGAGACCGGACAAGCGACGACUGGGGAUGACGUAAACUCUAUGAACAGUGAUUCGGAGAAUGAUUCUGGGAUGGAUGUGGACGACACGAUUCUUGAAGCACUUCCUCACGCAGAUGCCGACUACCGGGCGCCCAUCCAUACGCUUCGGAACUACGUCCUCUCGGGAACGCGACUAGAGCUGUUAGAGGAUCUUCAUACCUGGGCGUACGACUCUCCAUCGUCCAGGUCGAUCUGCAUUCUCAAUGGUGCUCUCGGUACCGGCAAGUCUAGCAUCGCCUCUAAUUUCGCUCGACUUCUGCGUGACAACGGUCACCUGGGAGCGUCUUUCUUUUUCGUCCGUGGUGUGGACAACCUCGCGUCCACAAAAUUAUUCUUCCCGACCCUCGCAUACCAACUCUCACACACUCAGAACGCACUUCGCCCUCAUAUUGUAGCCGCAGUCCAGGACUAUCUAAAGCUUGGCCGCGCCCAAGACAUCGAACAUCAGGGCGAACACCUAUUGCGGCGUCCCCUCCUAGCAGCCCAAGGCCAAGAUGCCCCUGUGGUGAUAGUCAUCGACGCUGUGGACGAAUGCGCAGACGAUUCCUCAGAUCUAUCCACGGUCCUGCGCCUUCUCUUGACAUGUGUCUGUGAAGUCACUUUCCCCCUCCGUAUCUUGCUCACUUCCGUCCCCGAACGUAUCGUUGAUACGAGCCUUUCCUCACAUGCGAGCGCGGUGACCUUGCGUCGACUGUCUCUUCACAAUCUCUCACGCGAUUCAAUCAAUCGUGAUCUCGCGAUAUUCAUUCGUGAUAGACUCUCGCGCAUGUCAUCCAGCAAAGACCUGGCUGAGCAACCAGACCUUGCCGACCGUCUAGCUCUCCGUGCCGACGGCCUAUUUGUCUACGCACGAGCAGCCAUGGAUUUUCUUCAUGACAAACAGGACGAGCUUGAACAACGGCUAGACUUGAUACUCUCCGCCACUCCUUCCGGGCUAGGAACGCUAGACGCGCUGUACCUCACGAUUCUCGAGCACGUCAUUCCCCCGGCUCGUAUGGAACAACAGCCGACUUUCCGCGCCUCUGUUCAAUCCAUCUUAGGAUGCAUCCCCGUGCUUCGAGAUCCUAUCUCCCCACGGACGCUGGAAUCACUCAUACAUAUCCCAUGUAAAGAUUCGCUUCCCAUCCUCCAUCAACUGCGCUGCACCAUACUCGUGAACCGAAACGAUCUCGACGAGCCCUUCCGGCCCGGGCAUGCAACCUUCGUCCAGUUCCUCUUGAGCAGUGCGCGCUGCCCAAAUCGCCUGUACUUGGUCGACGCGAAACGCCAGAAUGCGCAGCUAGCGGAAGGGUGUCUCAGGGUUCUUCUGACCCUCGACAGGAACAUAUGCAGACUACAAGAACCCUCGAUGCGCAAGGCAGACGUCGUGGACCUCGCGGAGCGAGUUCGCACGCACGUUCCUCCACAUGCGCAGUACGCAUGUCUCCACUGGGCUGUACACCUGCGGGGGGCGUGUAAGGUCGGAGACGCUCAUAGCGUCAAGGGAUGCCGAUGCGGAGAGCUCGUCGAUCUGCUGAAGACCUGGGCGACAACGAAGAUGCUGGUGUGGUUGGAGACGCUGGGCUACUUGGGAAGGCUGGACCUUGCCGUGAGCGGCCUCACCGCAGGCUGUGACUACCUCGGGACACGACACUCGAAAACUCGCAGUGCACUUGAACAGGGUCUUCGACUGCUUUCGGACCAUCUCCAUGAGAUCGAAGCAUGUCCGGACGACGUAUAUCUGUGUGGAAUCCGUCAAGAUGGGUACAACUCGGACGACGAAGAACUCAAGCGACCUCUUGCUCAGGUCAACCGUAAAGGAAAGAAUCUUAAGAUUGGACUGUUCUAG